AUGAAUGACACCAAGGCAAGACAGUAUGCGCAUUUAGCACAACAAUUGCGAGUUUUACAGACCAACUUGUCGAAAACUAGUGAACAUAUGGAAACUAUGUCAAAUCAAUGCAACGAACACUUGGUAGGACAACUUGGAAAGGUCCAUGCUUCGUGGUUUAUGGGCGGGAACCGGUGCUUUGAAGAGGAAAUGCUUGGAAAUGGUAGAAAACGGUAG